AUGCGAACCACUAUCUUACUCGUUUCAUUGUGCGCUGCGCUCAGCUUCAGUGCGCCCGUGGAUCAGGUAAUACGAUUUUUCAGCUCAAAAAUUUUUCUAAUUUCAGACUUACCAAGUGCGAGCGAAACGCAACGUCGAAGACGUGGCGAGCAGUGGAGCCGAGGCAGUCGGUGAGCCCAUUUCCUUUCCAUUCUCACAUUUAUCACACACACACACACACAUACACACACACUGAAAAGCGACUAAUUUUUCUGCAAAGAGUGUCCUUAUUGUUUUUUUUAACCCCCCGAUUUUCAUGUCCACAGUACACAUGCUCGAACCGGUCAAAACGUACGUGUACACGGCCACCGGCGAAUUUGUCACUCAACUAGGUUUGCUGUGCGAUUUCUCUUAUUGAACGGUGGAAAUCACACACAAGGUUCGGAUGUGGAGUUGAGACACGUUUUUGAAUGUUUUGUCGCGCGAGUUCCGGCGCUGCUGGGCGGUGCCGAUUUAGGCCGUGAAACUCAGCGCCAACCGCGUCGGAACGCCCUAACUUGUAGCCUCUAUAGUUUUCUAGUUUCAGCAGAGAAACGUUUCCGAGUAGCAGCUAGACUAGAAACCCAAACUGAUAGACUCAAGCGGCAGCAGCAGCAGCAGCAGCAACAGCAGCAGGAGCAGCAGCGCCGCGAGCGUUGUCGCAACCGUCGUCCGGUGCCGCCGACUCAGGGACCGCCGCCGCCGCCGCCGCCAAGAUACAACAACAACUGUCUGCCGCCGCCCGGACCCCCUCCGCCAUGUCAACAGUAUCCGCCGCCGCCGCCGCCGCCACCGUGCCAGCAACCGCAACCGGUCAGCGCCGGCGGGUGUCUUCCGUCGCCACGUGGCUACGAGAACCAACCGCCACAGCAGACGCAGCAGCGCCAGCAGACCGGCGGCGGUUGCCUGCCGGGACCAUAUUACCCGCCGAACACGAUGGCGCCGCCGCCACCGCCGCCACCGCCACAACAGGAUUACCGUCGCGGCGGAUGUCGUCCACGUCAGCAGCAGACCCAGCAGACCCAAUACCCGCGGACAAACGAGUUCCGGGCGCCGGUGGUCGAGUGCGCCGGACCCGGAGCCUGCCCGCCCAACAUCCAGCAGACCGACGAGGAUCCGUGCGUCGGCAAAGUGAAUAUCGUUUCAGUUGACGCUUCGGGAAAAGUCGAUCACUAUUUGUACGAGACGAAAAAGCAGGCGGGCGAUGUGAUUGGUGAGAGAGUGCGUGUCUUGUGACGUCGAAUGAUUUUGUGUGUGUGUGUUUGGAGUCCCGUGCGCAUUUUGAAGUGUGCUAGAACUAGUUCGCGUCUUUUUAGCGCCUAGAACACUGCUGUUGGGUGGUAGUCUAGAACGUUGAAAAAUCGCAACAACUUUCAAAAUUAAAGCCACCGUGUCGACGGCGAUAAAAGAGCAAUUCGAGGCGGCGAGACGAAAAUUGAGUGAGUACACGCCAGUUCUACAAUAGUCCAUGUCCAUGUCCACGUCCGAAUCGUUUGCGUGUUUUCCGCAAUUGUCACGCCACCGCCGCCGCCGCCACGAUCGUUUCGUUUAGGUGCAGCGGCGAACGACGCUCAACAGGCCGCCGAACACGGACUUCAUUGGGCCGGCGACAAAGCGAGUAGGCCGCGAAUCGGUAGAGCUUUUGCGAAACGGUCAAACAAUUUGCAGAUGACGUCUACGAGAAUGCUCGCGAAGGAGUUGCCGAUUUGAGGGAGCGAAUCGGAGAGGCUGGCGAGAGUGUCGAAGGUAUUGGCGGCUUAUUUUGGGGCCGAAAAGCCUGAACAGCCUUUUUUUGACACUUUUAUCUCUAAAUAUGCUUAAUACGGGUCAUGGUCUUCCACGGAGGCGAAUGAUUUCAAUGGGGCGCACUUGCAACAGGCGGGCUGUGUCGAUUUACGCGGCUAAUUAAAUUUCAACGAGAGGCCGCGUUCUUUCCAUGUUUUCUCUACAAUACACCUAUUUUUUUGUACGCAUUCGAAUAAUUAGAGCACUAGCUACGUUUUGGUAACAGAAAUCUCGCAUAUCGUUGAGAAUUAGCCGAGUUAUUUCGAUUUGAAGGUUUUGGCCUGGAUUUUGAUGUUUUUCGCAUAGUUUUCGAAAACUGCUCAAGAAAACUAACCGCCGGAACCUGAAUUUUGUGAAGAAAGAUUCAGCGAACAUUUUUAUCGUUUGUUGCGCUCAUGAAAUGCAAAAUGAGCUGAAAUAUAAAGGUUUGAAGUUUUGACGAAAUGCGAAAACUCUAAAUUCUGUAAAGAACGGUUUCCAAUCAGUAAAAUAUUGUUUUCUAGACGUUUUUCAAGUCAAAAAGAAAGAAAUAAAGGUGGUAAACUCGAAUUGAACGGCAUUUUUAGACCUGCAAAUUUUCAAAAAGUUACAACGACACUCCGCAAUUUACGAGCGCACUGUGUUUAGCAUUAGCGCCCCCUGGGAGACCGUGCGCGGGUGUCUAAAUCCCCCAAAAAACUCCAUUCUCACAAUCGAUUUUGUUGAAUUUCAGAGGCCGCACUCGAAGGAUCCAGUUAGUUUUUCUUUGAAAUUGACCCGAAUUAUCUCCUAUUUAUAUACCCACUUGUUUUUGUUUUAUACGCACCAUUUGCAUGACUUUGUAGUCGUAGUAGUACUAGUUUUCACACUUUUCUGUAUGCACGAAUGAAGCUUUUUUUGGUUUUUCCUUCUGUAGACUUAGUGAAUUCGAAAAAUUGGGAAAACGAAUGCGAUUUUUCUACAGAAAACGGUCAAGAAGCGGUGAAAAGUGUCAAGGAAGGAGCCAGUGAGUUACUGUAGGAGUACGGUAGCUUAUGGUAGUGCGUGUGUGUGCGUGAACGUUUUCUAGACGCUUAUUAUAGUAGAAAAUGAACAUUUCUCAGGCAACGCAGCAGAAGCCGCAAAAGACGGAGCUAGUGAGUUGAAGUCGAAAAUUAGCCAACUUUGAACGAGUAUUGUCGGUUUCCGAGUAGUUGUAGGAGCCUUAAAAUUUAUUUUCUAGAAACUGGAGACCUAGUUGAACAUUUUUGUAGUUGAUCACUUUUCUCUAGGACCACUUGCUGGAUUACUGUAGCGCUUGGAAGUUGGGACCACCCAAAAGCAUUGACGUCACUUCCAAGCGCUACAGUAAUCCAGGGAAUGGUCCUAGAAAGAAGUGAUCAACUACAAAAAUGUUCCACUAGAUCUCAAGUUUUCCCAAAAAAAUUUUGGGCUCAAUAGCACCACUCGUAAGCCGACAAUAUCGGUUCGAAGGCGCAACAGAUAUUGUAGGUUUCGAAAACGUUACAGAUACCGUAAUUGAGCACACAAAGCACGGAGCCGGAGUGGUUUAUGACGUUGCCGCUCAGGGAGCAAGUACCGUACCUUUUUGGCGCAUUUUUAGGAAUUUGCUGAACUUUUUUUAGACAACAUGGCCAAUUCUAUGCAUGACGCCGGAAAAGCGACCGCUGACGGCGCUAGUGAGCUUGAUUUUGCUUAAUUUUCAGUCGCUUUGAAGCACUUUUUAGUUGGAAAAUCCUUUUUUUGCAAUACAACGUUUCAGAAACCGCUGGAGAAGCUGUUGGCGAUGGUGUUCGUUGGGUCGGCGAUAAAGUUGCUCACGGAGCCGGAGUGCUCGUCGACGGAGCCAGUAAGUUGAAGCCGACAAUAGCGCAAACUUUGAAAUCGUUUCUCGGACCGUAUUUCCAUACAGUUCUCUGGAAUAUCUUUGAAACUCUAAAGAUUUUCUCCCUAAAGCAUCCAAAAAGUUGCUCGAGGCGCGCCCUUAUUAUCGCCCUUCCAGCGAUAUUCAGCCUGGUCCGUGUAGCGCAGUGGCUUACAGUUUUGCCGUCGCCCGAAAGGUCGCCAGUUCGAAUCCACCCCUAUUUUUUUCUCUUUUGCCUGUCUGAAAAUGCGUAUUCAGCCCAUUCUCAACAAUUUUAACGUUCAGAAUCCGCCGGAGACGCCGUUGUGGACACCGGAAAGGCGGCUGUGGACAAGACGGGUAAGUGAUUUCAUAUUUUUUGGGUUUUUGGUCAAGUCGUUCGAAAAAUGUGAAAUAUUUGUUUUGCUGACGCACACCGACAAACACUGAUAACUUGUUUUUCACAAAAAAACAGAACCAAAAAAACAAGCGAUUAAAAAAAUAACAAACGUUGACUUUGGACCGCAAAUUGUCCGAUAUAAAAGGCGUCCGAAAAGGAGAACAAGUAUUGUGGAUCUACAAUAAUGUCUUCAGAGAGCGGUAUGCGUUAUGUCGGCGACAAUGUCGCUCAUGGAGCCGGAAAGAUUGCCGAUGGAGCCAGUGAGUCAACAAUUAGUGCUAGCCCCAACUUUAAAAAAUCAUAACUAAUUUCAAACGAAUCGUACAAUCUCCUGUUUGCGCUUAAAACAACGCAAAUCGUCUCUAGAAUACAGAAAACGUAUAAAAUGUCGGAAAAUUUCAGCGGCUGUCGGUCAGGGAGCCGUCGACGGUGCUCGGGUUGUCGGCGACAAGGUGGCUCACGGAGCCGGCGUGGCGGUCAACAAAACUCGUGAGUUUUAGGCGGAAAUUAUUAGGAAUUGAAUGAAUAUUGUAUGAUUCCAGAAGAUGGAAUGCGAUUUGUCGGCGACAAUGUUGCUCACGGAGCCGGAGUGUUGGUUGACGGAGCCAGUAAGUUGAAAUGUUUUGAAAAAUCAUAACUUUUUCCAAAAAAAUGCUACAGACCGCCACGACCGCUUAAAAUAACGGAAAACAUGUCUAGAAUAUAGGGAAAAUAUAAUAUCGUUGAUUAAAAAUUUUUGAAGCGACAAUAUUCGCUCUGAAAUGCAGUCAACCUCAAAAUUUUUCAGAAUCGGCCGGUGAGAAGGUCGGCGAAGGCGCCAAGGACAGCUACAGAUGGGUCGGCGACAAAGUGGCUCACGGAGCCGGAGUCGUGAAGGAGGGAGCCGGUUCGUAAACGAAAAUUGCAUGAAAUUCGUUGUCUCGUAUGAUUUUUCUGUGUUUUUCAAAUAAACGUUUGCAUCUCUUCAAAACUGAUACUAACUGCAUGAAAAUCGACCGAAACUUCUAGAAAAUGAACUUUUUCUGCUGAAAUUGCUGGAAUUUUGGUCAAACAAAGUUUUUGACAAACAUCACCGACGCCAACGAUAAGAGCUGUGGUGCGCUCUUAUCACCGCUCUUCCUGAAAUUUAGAGGCGUGUUCCGUGUGGCGCAGUGGUUUGCUGUUUUGGCGGUCACCCGAACGGCCGCGGGUUCGAAUCCGCACGCCAUUUUUGGUCUUUUGCAUGUCUGAAAAUGCAUAUGCGGCACAUUUUUGGCAAGUUUAUGCAUUCAGAAUCAGUCGGAGAAGCGAUUGUGGACACUGGAAAGGCGGCGGUGGAUAAGACUCGUAAGUUGUGAAGUUUUUGUGAAAUGCUCCGAGACAAAUGGUUUUUUGUAGAAGAAGGAAUGCGAUUUGUGGGUGAAAAUGUUGCUCAUGGAGCCGGAGUGUUGGCCGACGGAGCCAGUAAGUACAGUAAUCUGAAAAUAAGUGAAUCCACAAUAUUUUUCAAUAUUUUGCUCUUCCUCAACUUUGAAAAGUCAUAACUAAGUUCAAAAUAAUUCUAAAGACCUCUACAACCUCUCAAAAUAACGCAAAACAUCGGUAGAAUAGAGGAAAAGUAUAAUUUGGUUGAUUAAAACAUUUUUAAACUGCAAUAUUCGCUUUUCAGAAGCCGCCGGUGGCGCCGUGGUCGAUGGUGCAUCUGCCGUCGGAAACGCCGCAGUCGACGGAGCCAGUGAGUUUGUUGGGACGUUUCGCAAUCGACUAGUCGGUUGCGAAAUGUCCAAGUGAUAUUUCAGAAGCGGCCGGUGGAGCUGUGGCCGAUGGAGCCAACUGGACCGCCGGAAAGAUCGGAGAAGCUGGCGGAGCAGUUGUGGGCGGAGCCAGUGAGUUUUAAAAGAACACUUUGAAUUUCAUCAAGUCUUUCUAAGAAUUUAGUUCAAAAUGAUAUACAUAUCGGUCGCAAAAUGUCCAACUAAUAAAUGUUCAGAAGCCGCCGGUGGAGCUGUGGUUGAUGGUGCAUCUGCGGUCGGAAAUGCUGCCGUCGACGGAGCCAGUGAGUUGUUAGGACGUUUUGCAACCGAGUGUCCGGUUGCGAAGUGUCCAAAAAACCAAUUUCAGAAGCGGCCGGUGGCGCUGUGGCCGAUGGAGCCAACUGGACCGCCGGAAAGAUCGGAGAAGCCGGAGGAGCAGUUGUGGGCGGAGCCAGUGAGUUUUCGAUGGACAUUUUGCAACUAGGACAAAAUGUCCUCUGGUUGCAAAGUGUCCAGCACAACAAUUUCAGAAGCGGCCGGCGGAGCAGUGGUCGAUGGUGCAUCUGCGGUCGGAGACGCCGCUGUCGACGGAGCCAGUAAGUUUUUGGGACGUUUUGCAACCGAGUGUCUGGUUGCGAAACGUCCAAGUGAUGAUUCAGAAGCGGCCGGUGGCGCUGUGGCCGACGGAGCCAACUGGACCGCCGGAAAGAUCGAAGGAGCCGGCGAAGCAGUUGUGGACGGAGCCAGUGAGUUUUUGCGGGACAUUUCACCACUGCGACGUUUUGCAACCCGUUGCAAAUUGCGAAAUGUCCGGUUUCCAGAAGCGGCGGGCGGAGCAGUGGCCGACGGAGCUUCGGCGGUCGGCGGAUUUCUGAAAGACUCGUUCAAUUCGGGACGCGACGCCGUCGGUGAGUGAUAAAACUUUUAUCGAUAAAUUUAUGGAUAUAUAUAUAAAUUUCUCGGCUCACGUUUCAAUUUUUCAGGCGGCGCUAUCAAAUCUGCCGGCGAGACGGUCAAAGCUUCGGAAUGA